AUGGAGGCUGGGGAAAGUGGUCGCAAGAAAGAAAUCUCUCCCCUGAACUGUUUACCCUGACGUCAGUUUGCAGAACUGGCUCUACCCUGUCUCCUCCAGUGUCUCCGAAACUCCCCUCGGUGAGGACGGGGACAGUGGAUGGACUCCAGUCGGCUCGAGCUCCCGGACCUCACGGACUGAGUGAGAUGAUUUCUUCUACACAUUUAAAGUGGACUAAAAGAGCCGCGCCAUGAACACCUGCGCCUUUCUGCUGAUUUUGACUGUUCAGAUCUACGCCGAUGGCAUCGAGGGGCCAACAGCAGCUGGCUGCACGUUUGAAGAGGAUUCAGACCCCAGUCUGUGUGACUUUACCCAGGGGGAGGAGGAUGACUUUGACUGGCUGCUGUUCCGGACGUACAGUUCCCCGUAUGCCAGCCCCGACCUCCUGCGAGGAUCCUAUAUGUUGGUGAAUUCUUCCCAGCAUGCCGUGGGUCAACGCGCUCAGCUGCUGCUGCAGACACUGAGUGAAAAUGACACGCACUGCGUGCAGUUCAGCUACUUCCUGUACAGUCGGGAUGGCCACAGCCCGGGGGCCCUGCGGGCAUAUGUUCGGGUCAACGGAGGUCCCCUCGGCAGUCCGGUCUGGAACACAUCGGGGUCUCAUGCCAAGCAGUGGCACCAGGUCGAGCUGGCGGUCAGCACCUUCUGGCCUAAUGAAUACCAGGUACUGAUCGAGGCAACAGUUUCCAGAGAGCAGCGAGGCUACGUUGCCUUAGAUGACAUCAUGGUGCUCAACUACCCCUGCUAUAAGGCGCCGCACUUCUCCAGGCUGGGAGAUGAGGAGGUCAAUGCUGGACAAAAUGCCACUUUUCAGUGUGUUGCAGCUGGAAGAGCAUCAGAGGCUGAGAAGUUCCUACUGGAGAGACACAAUGGGGACAUUUUUACCACGGCAUCGGUCAAGCACUUGAGUCACCGGCGCUUCGUGGUCUCCUUCCAGCUAGACGGCGUCCAGCGAACGGAUCAAGACCUUUACCGCUGUGUCACUCAGUCCCCCAGGGGCUCCGGGGUCUCCAACUUUGCUGAACUCGUUGUCAAAGUACCUCCGUCGCCCAUUGCACCACCCCAGCUGCUGCGAGCUGGCUCUACGUACCUAAUCAUCCAGCUCAACACCAACUCUAUCCUGGGAGAUGGCCCCAUUAUCAGGAAGGAGAUUGAGUACCGCGCCAACCAGUCUCCGUGGUCCGAGGUGCACGGGGUCAACAUGGUCACCUAUAAGCUGUGGCACCUGGAGCCGGACACAGAGUACCACAUCAGCGUGCUGUUGACUCGGCCCGGAGAGGGCGGGACCGGCCCGCCUGGACCGCCUCUUGUGAGCCGGACCAAGUGUGCAGAACCCAUGCGUGCUCUGCGAGGCCUCGCCGCCCCAGACAUCCAGUCCAGGCAGUUGUCCCUGCAGUGGGAGAAUUUGGCGUUCAACCUGACACGCUGCCACACCUACUCAGUGUCGCUGUGCUACCGCUACACCACGGCGGGAGGCGGCGGGGGCCACAACACCACCGUGCGCGAGUGCCUGGCAGUGGAACACAACGCUUCACGCUUCACACUGCGUGAUCUGCCACCUUACCAUGGCAUCCAUGUCCGACUGUCACUGGCCAACCCCGAGGGGAAGAAAGAGGGCAGAGAGGUCACCUUCCAGACCGAGGAGGACAUUCCCGGAGGCAUCGCACCGGAGUCACUCACCUUUACCCCGCUGGAUGACAUGAUCUUCCUGAAGUGGGAGGAGCCCGUCGAGCCCAACGGUCUUAUUACCCAAUAUGAGAUAAGCUAUCAGAGCAUUGAAUCGUCUGACCCAGGCAUCAACGUACCAGGGCCGAGAAGAACUGUGUCCAAGUUGAAGAAUGAGACCUACCACAUGUUCUCCAACCUCCACCCGGGAACAACUUACCUCAUCUCCGUUCGAGCCCGAACAGUCAAGGGCUUCGGCCUGACCGCCCUCACUGAAAUCACCACUAACAUCUCAGCCCCAAUGUUUGAUUACGGAGACAUGCCGUCCCCCCUGAGUGAGACAGACAGCACCAUAACUGUCCUUUUGCGCCCCGCCCAAGGCAGAGGGGCACCUGUCAGUACAUACCAGGUGGUGGUUGAAGAGGAGACGGUGAAGAAAGUGAAGAGAGAGCUGGGGCUUCAGGACUGUUUCCCAUUGCCCAUGUCCCACGGUGAGGCGCAGGCCAGGGGCACGCCGCACUACUACACAGCCGAGCUGCCACCCAGCAGCCUCCCAGAGGCCAGUCCCUUCACCGUGGGGGACAAUCACACCUACAACGGCUACUGGAACAGCCCUUUGGACCCACGCAAAAGCUACCUUGUCUACUUCCAGGCCAUGAGCAACUUCAGGGGGGAAUCCAGAAUAAACUGCAUACGCAUAGCUCGCAAAGCGGCCUGCAAGGAUCACCGCAAGGCUCUGGAGGUUACUCAACACUCUGAGGAGAUGGGUCUAAUUCUCGGGGUGUGCGCGGGAGGUCUGGUGGUCCUCAUCCUCCUGCUGGGUGCCGUGAUCAUCAUCAUUAAGAAAGGAAGGGACUACUACUCUUACUAUCCGAAACCAGUGAACAUGAAUAAGACACCCAUCACCUACCGGCAAGAGAAGAGCAAUAUGGGCUCCAUGGAGCGCAGUUUCACAGACCAGAGCACCCUACAGGAAGAUGAAAGAAUGGCCCUUUCCUUCAUGGAUGCUCACACCUGCGGCACACGCAGUGAUGCUCGUAGUUCAGUGAACGAGGCCAGCAGCCUGCUGGGAGGCUCCCCGAGGCACCAGUGUGGACGUAAAGGCUCCCCCUACCACACAGGGCAGCUCCACCCCGCCGUCCGAGUGGCUGACCUUCUCCAGCACAUUAACCAGAUGAAGACUGCCGAGGGCUACGGCUUUAAACAGGAGUAUGAGAGCUUCUUUGAUGGCUGGGACUGCACAAAGAAGAAGGACAAAACCAAAGGGAGGCAUGACACGUUGGGAUAUGACCGCCACAGAGUGAAGCUCCACCCUCUCCUGGGAGACCCCAACUCGGACUACAUCAACGCCAACUACAUUGAUAUUCGGAUUAACAGGGAAGGCUACCAUCGAUCCAACCACUUCAUCGCCACUCAGGGACCCAAACAAGAGACCCUGUAUGAUUUCUGGAGGAUGGUAUGGCAAGAAAAUUGCUUCAGCAUCGUCAUGAUAACAAAGCUGGUGGAGGUUGGCAGGGUGAAAUGCUGUAAGUACUGGCCCGAUGAGAGCGAGAUGUAUGGUGACAUCCAAAUCACGCUGCUCAAGACCGAGACUUUGGCGGAAUACACAGUUCGAACUUUUGCCUUGGAGAGGAGAGGAUACGCGACCAAGCAUGAAGUGCGUCAGUUCCACUUCACGUCCUGGCCUGAGCACGGCGUGCCGUAUCACGCCACUGGAUUGUUGGCCUUUAUUCGACGAGUGAAAGCCUCCACUCCUCCUGACGCUGGUCCUGUGGUGGUGCACUGCAGUGUGGGGGCGGGCCGCACCGGCUGCUACAUCGUGCUGGACGUCAUGUUGGACAUGGCGGAGUGUGAAGGCGUGGUGGAUAUCUACAACUGUGUCAAAACCCUCUGCUCUCGACGCAUCAACAUGAUCCAGACUGAGGAGCAGUAUGUGUUUAUCCAUGAUGCCAUUUUGGAGGCCUGUCUGUGCGGAGAGACGGCCAUAUUAGUGAACGAGUUUGCAGUCACUUACAAAGAGAUGCUGCGAGUGGAUUCCCAGAGUAAUUCCUCUCAGCUACGGGAGGAGUUUCAGACGCUCAACUCUGUUACUCCCCACCUGGAUGUGGAGGAGUGCAGCAUCGCUCUGUUGCCCAGGAACCGAGAGAAGAACCGCAGCAUGGAUGUUCUGCCGCCUGAUCGCGCGCUGGCCUUCUUGGUUACGACAGAAGGGGAGAGCAACAAUUACAUCAACGCCGCUCUCGCUGACAGCUUCCACCGGCAGGCUGCUUUCAUCGUCACCCCUCACCCUCUGCCGGGCACCACGGCUGACUUUUGGAGGCUGGUCUUUGACUACGGCUGCACAGCAGUGGUCAUGCUGAACCAUCUCAACCAGUCAAACUCUGCCUGGCCUUGUGUUCAGUACUGGCCGGAGCCUGGUUUACAGCAGUACGGGCCCAUGGAGGUAGAGUUUCUGUCCAUGUCAGCAGAUGAGGAUGUCAUUACUCGUCUGUUUCGGGUCAAGAAUGUCACAAGGCUCCAAGAGGGCCAGCUGGUUGUCUGUCAGUUCCAGUUCCUGCGCUGGUCGGCGUAUCGAGAUGUUCCAGACUCUAAGAAGGCUUUUCUCAACCUGCUGGCUCAAGUGCACAAGUGGCAGAGGGAGUGUGGAGAAGGACGCACUGUUGUCCACUGCCUUAACGGCGGUGGUCGCAGUGGGACCCUCUGUGCCUGCAACAUUCUCCUUGAGAUGAUCCAGUACCAGAACAUGGUGGACAUCUUCUAUGCCGUCAAAACGCUACGCAACUGCAAACCCAACAUGGUUGAGUCUUUGGACCAAUAUCGGUUCUGCUAUGACCUUGUCCUGGAGUACUUGGACUGCUUUGAAGGUAGAUAGCAACUAAAUGUUGACCACAUCAGCACUAGACCAUCUGCUGGAGAUUCAAUGUAAUGCUAUCCAGUGACCCGUCUACUUUAAUGUUUGGACCUAUGGACUUGGCAUUGAAAGGACUGGAAAGGAAGGAGAGGAGAAAAAAAAAUCUUGGUCAAGGUUCUAACCUUUAACCUUUAAUGUACAGCUGUGAUUUCCUCCUUGUUGGUGAUGUUUAUCUCUUUUGAUAUAUUUUGUGCUUUUCUGGGUCCUUUUUGCCUCCGGACUAAAACUCUUUUGUGCGAAGGGUUUCUGUAGCUAAAAAACAGUAUUCAGAGCUACAAGAUGGACCUGUUAAUUGCGGAGGAAGAUCAACAUGGCUGUGUUUCAUUGUUUCGCUGAAACAGCAAAGAGGUUGGAUGACUUUCCAGAGAAAAAGAAUAAGAAUAAUCUAAACCUUCGAAGCAUUUUCCUCUCCCUCAAGAGAUACGUACAGUCCAUGUGGCAUGAUUUCUCUACCGUACCAUAAACUGCCUUAUUCUCUGAUGAUAGGAUGGAUUUUUUCAAAUCACUGAAUAAAUUAAGUAGGUUGUCAUACUGAUGUACGAACGGCAACAAGAGAUUCGCAGCAGUAGGAUAGACCAGCCCAGUCCUCAACAGUAAUGAUGCAGAAACUGUACAGUAGUGCAAUGUGUUGUAUUUUGCCAUAAUGUCUGUGCUGGAUUACCAUGUGUGCUGUAGGUGGACAUUUACAGGGACCACAGCACUGGGCCUGGUGCCACCACUGAAGAUUCCUGUCGCAUUACUGUCACAGUGCCAAUCCCAUUGACUGACUUGAAUCCUGUAUUUACUUUACUCUGUCAUCUUGAUAUAUGCCUACAAACAUCCAGUAUGUAUUGCAUCAGCUAAUGUUCAUGCUCCAAAGUGAUUGUUUGUAUUUUAUACCCAGCUGGAAAAGGAAAAGGAGCCAGGCAAACUGUUAAAAAUGUAUUGACAUGCCAUAGUGGUGGUGCAAAUAAUGAUGUUCCAUUGAUGCCGUGGUGAAAUGUCCAAGCCAGUACUGCGUUACAGGUUUGAGUCUGUAAUUCCUUUUACCCCUUUGUUGUCUGAGGCAUUUGGUUGUACUGUAAAGUGUCUCAGCAAGCUAAACCAGUUUGAAUCUGUUCAUAACCCUUUCAGUAGGGGGUUCAUUCAAGUAUUUUGACCUGAAUAUUAGUUGUUGUUCCUAGUGAUGUAAAAUAAAUAAAGUAAAUAUAUACAAAUAAAAUUGGGCAUCAACAUUGUGCAAGGGGCUAAAUGGCAGUC